AUGGGUUUAUUUGACAACGUCAGCGAAAAGCACCUGCGAGCUGUUCUUAGGGCACUAUGCAAAGACACAGAUAUAUGUGCCAAGGCUCUCGCUAUGGUUGACAAGCUAGAAAAGGCGGAGGGGAGCGCAAUGGCGGACAACAACGUAGGCGAGAGCGAGGCGAAGCUGGCCAUCUGCAUUCGCUGCGAAAAGGCCUUCUCCGUAGACGACGACGAAGACUACGACUGCGUAUAUCACAAUGGUAAGUCUGUCAACAAGCUGCAGAGGAUAAGAGCAAAUUCGGCGCCUCGGAUUCCUAUUGCUGAUGGCCGCGUUAACGUUGUAGGCGACCUGUAUCCGGACGAAGACGACCCGGCGUGGUAUGAUCAUGACGUUCGCUGCCACGGCGAUCUUGAUACCCCGGAAAACAGGAAAAAAUAUCCAGAGGCCUUUCUUUGGGAUUGCUGCGAUGAAGUGAGCACGACGGAAGGUUGUAAGAUGGGGCGACAUCGCGUCGAGCCGGGCCAAGAAGAUUCUGAUUCGAGCGAAGAUUCUGAAGAUUUCGAAUCGGACUAG